UAGAGGGAGGUUAGAAACCUAGCAAAAUUCUCCCGUUUCGCUACGAUGGUUGAAGAAUUUUCUCAAAACUGGAGUCGGAACUAUAACAGAAUUGAGAUGGAGAUGUGAGGGAGACGUAGCGAAUUCGAAUGUUUCUCCGAUUACAGUAAUCGUACUGUCGUGGAUAAUCCUUUAAAGCAUAUUGUUAGGUCUUAAAGGGACCGAGCCAUUGUCUCGUCGGCCAUUGCAGAAGCAGACGAUUGCUCCAGUGCCAGGGCGCGUGGAAUGGACUUCCAUGCCGCUAUGGAGACUUUCGCAGAGGCCUGGGUAGCGGCAAACACCCCGACAGCAGUGAACGUAGAAUCACACACUCACAAACAACAUUGCUAUCAACCCGAUGAGAGUCAGAUGUCUGGGGUGAGAAGUCAUGGACAAGGUCCACAAGUGGGCAUGGCUGGACAUGGCAGUGGCAUGGUGCUCGAGAGAGCUGGAUCGGUAAUCAACAGACCGGCACAUGGUCUUGGUCACGGUGUGGAUACAAGUCUCAAGCAGCCAGAGCAGAGCUCUGUGGCACCUGCAGGUUCGACGAAAUCACUUCCCAUCCAUUGUGUUGUGGAGCAAAUAUCUGGAACUCCCUCCUUCGACAGUGUCUCCAGUGUGGCGUGUGCUCAGAAUGCCGUUGAGUUGGACAGCUACGCCAUACUUCCAAGUUCUACACUGUUGAGUGACCUCGUUCAUUCGGCACUCAUCAAACUGGGCUAUAGUUCCAUCAAUGCUAUGACUGCUAAAGGUGCAAUACAGAUCAAAAACUGGAAACCGUUGACAUUUGAUGCAAUUACCAACAAUCCACAAGCCUCGAUUGAUGAUAUUCUCUCAGAACUCACAAACGUGGCCACCCUAAGGAUUCGAAUUGCAAGCCAUCCGAAACCUAGCACUGCUGAAGAAGUGAAGGAGAAAUUAUUGCAGCUACUUCUAUCUCAGUCCCAUAGUCUUCUCAACCAAUCAGGCUGCCCAAUAAAUCAGGGUCUUCUAUCAUCCAUUAGCAAGGGAGACCACUCUGUGAAUAUUCCAGAAGAUUUGACAUCUGCCUUUGACAAGUGGUACAAAGAACAGCUCAAAGGACAACUCUGUAAGAAUGUUUCAGACUUGGUGCCAAGAGAGAAAACACCCGAGCCAGAUAUAAAAGAGGGUGAACUGUCCAAAGAAAGUAGUCCACAGACAUCUCCUGAUCUAAAGGAUGGGUCUGCACCAACUGCACCCCAGCCUUACUUCAUGGCCAGUCGGACUCGAGUUCGAACAUCGUUCGAUCCAGAGCACGAGAUUCCUCGACUUCAUAAGUGGUUUCAGGAAAAUCAGCAUCCAUCUCGAGAACAGAUGAUCCGAUUCAUGAAUGAACUGAAUCAGCUAGAUUCACGUAAAGGGAGACGUCCACUUGACCUUACUAACAUUAUUUACUGGUUCAAAAAUGCGAGAGCUGCACAGAGAAGAGCAUCAAAAGCUGUGGACGACUCAUUUGAAAAUGAAGAAAACACCGAGGUAACGACGAGCAGUUUGCUUUCUGGACAUUAUCCUUAUUUGCCAAACAAAAAUGCUGUGUAUGUUAUUCCAUUUCCUUACCAUCCGCAGUUAGGAGAGCAUGAUGCAGGCAACGAUCAGCCGUGUGAUUUAUCUAUGAAUAAAAAGAAAGACAUAAUGAAUGAUAGGCCAGCUGAAAAGUUGUUGGACAGUAAGCAACAUAACUGUGAUGAAAUGAAACCGGUGAACAUGUCUAAUGGUUAUGAGAGUGAUAGGAAAAGGCCAACAACUCCGCUGGUUGAUAUGGAAAUAAAACAAGAAGAGUCGGCCGAUGAGGUUAAUGUUGAGGAAAGUGAAAGUGAGGUGUUACAUAGGGAGGUGUUUGAGAACGGGACGUCCGACUGCUGUGAGAAAGUGGAGGAUAAGCCUGUUGUGACAGAUCGUAGUGUGGCUUCGGUUCAGGACCGUCAGAAGGACGAAGAGGACAAAAGAUUGUUUUAUGAUGACUCUAGUGAGGACAUUUCAGAAUCGGAAUCCGAUGAUGAUGACCAUUCAGCAUUAGUUCAGAAGGAAAACAUUGACCAUGCCAUGAUGUCAACGAGGUGUGACAUUUCCUCGGCCAAUAUGUCUGCUGCCGCCAGCAUGGCCGCAAUGUCUCUUGCCCAGAUGGCCCAACCUCUGCACAUCCCACAGUUGAACCCACCACUGAUGACAUACUACCCAAUGAAUGCCCGCUUCUACUCGCCUCAUUCAAACUCGGUUCACGAGUCUGUGCAUACGAACUCUCACAAGCACCACGAACCACGCAAGAGACGCACUCGCGUUUUUAUUGACCCUUUGACUGAGAUUCCCAAACUAGAAAAGUGGUUCCUUGAAGACACACAUCCCUCUGCCUAUAUGAUUGACAAGUUCUGUGACGAACUCAACAGGUCUGAAUAUCGACAGAAGUUUCCGAGACUUGAGUCUAAAAAUGUGCAAUUGUGGUUCAAAAAUCAUCGAGCAAAAGUCAAACGGAUGCGAUUAGACACAAGUUCAUAAUUCAUUUUGAGUUUUGUCAGUUUUAUGAUAGUUCGUUACUCUUCCAAAAUGCAGUGUUAGUCUCCUCUGAUCAGUGUUCUGUGUUAAAUGGCCAUGUGUGAAUCAUCGUAUUAGCUGGGAGGUCUCUUCUCGCCGGCUGUCUACUCAAUUCUUAAAUGGCUUCCAUCUACAUUAGUGCUUUUUCAAGUAUCAAGUUGACAACAUACAACAUUAGCAAAUGCACUUUUGUUAUUGUGCAUGAUAUAAAUGAUAAAGGACAGAAUUCAAAUUCAUAAUAUCUCUUUCUUUUUUUCCUCUUUUUUUUAGUACCAUGAUAUGGUUGCUAUGACAAUGAAAUAUGUGUUAUAAUCUUUUGUUAACUAGGAAGAUAUUUUAGUACCAAAUUUAAUAAUACUGUACUUUGGUUUACUCUUUAAACAUUUAUGUUAAAAGAAAGUUGUUAUUUUAAAAAUAUGUGCAUUUACUACUAGUCUGUUGAUCUAGUCUUGUAAAAAUAUAAAGGAAUGGAUGAAGUAUCGGACAAAAAAAUACUGACAGAACUUCACAUGUUCCACAAGUAACUUAAGAUCAGUGUGAUGUACAUACAAGAUGCCAGGAGACCACUAACUUGCAACACUGCUUUUCAUUAUUUUGUGCUUUAUACUGAGUGGACAUCCAGUAGCCGAUGUAUUCGUGCUGGGAUAUCGCUAAACAUUCAUUCAUUCAUUAUACUGAGUGGACACCCGGUAGCCGAUGUAUUUGUCAUGCUGGGGUGUCACUAACAUUCGUUCAUCUAUUAUACUGAGUGGACACCUAGUAGCUAAUGUAUUCGUGCUGGGGUGUCGCUAAACAUUCAUUCAUUCAUUAUACUGAGUGGACACCUAGUAGCUAAUGUAUUCGUGCUGGGGUGUCGCUAAACAUUCAUUCAUUCAUUAUACUGAGUGGACACCUAGUAGCUAAUGUAUUCAUGCUGGGGUGUCGCUAAACAUUCAUUCAUUCAUUAUACUGAGUGUUUAUUGUCUAGAGCUUCAUAAUUUAAUCCUUACCCUGUGCUUAGAAUCCUCCUAUGUACAAAUACUAGUGCUCUUUCUUUGUUUUGUUCUGCAACAUCCACAAGUAGACUUAAAAUAGUGGUUUUAUUUUAAGCCAGCUUGCAGCUGUUGUGUAUUAUUUUACAAAUACAUGUACCUGGAUGGUAUGACAUAAUAUGAAUUGGUCCUUGUUAGGUUGUAUGAUUGUGGAAAUUGAGAUUCUUAACAGUGAGAUUAAGCCUGCCAUAUUAUACAAGUCAAGUAUUAUUUAUGUAUGAUCUGUUAGUAAAGCAAUAUUUCAUAUAUAUGUCAGCUUAACUUACCUAAACAUUUGGUUGGUACAUAAUGCAUUGCUUGGCAUAUUGUAAAGACUUUCUGCCUUCUUUUAUAUCACAACAUUACAUUACAAAUACAACAUUAAAGCAUCUUUAGACAUUGUAACUGAUAAUUAUUGCUUUAAUGCCAUAUUUGCGGAAAACCCCCACAUAAAAAAAAAACCUUGAAUAAUCAUUUUAUAUUUGGCAUGCACAAUCAUGGUGUCCACCAUAGUAAAGGUCUUUAAACAUUAUAACAUUUUAAACCAAUGACACAUUUAUUAAGAAUUCACUUUGUUUAUUCAUAAAAAUACUCUUUCAACAGUUUGCAUUGUUCUUUAAAGAUUUGUUUUGUAGCAAAAAUUUCAAAAUAUGUUAUUGUGGCAGGCACAAUAUUAGAGCCUAUUGGCAUUUACCAGUAUUUGUCACGAUGAAUUGUACUUGUUGAAUGCAUUAACAUGCAUUAAGGACAUCUAAUUUUUUUAAUUGCUGGGUGAGCAUGCCAUACCCCCAUCUCCCUUCUCCCCGCCACCAAAUCACCCUAGAAGCUUGGGUGCCCUCGAUCUCAGUCAGUCAGCCCCUCCAAUGUUCAUUUACUUCCACCAGGCCUUUGUGGCAGUGGUAUGUUUUAUCAGUAUUGUUAAUCAUUUAAUUAAGAAUUAACGACUCCAUUAUCUCACAUUAACAAUUAUGUAGUGCAUUAUGUGGUCAUUUCUGCACCACCACCCCUCUAAUUUUUAACACUGAAACAAAUUAACUUGACUCUCUAACAAUUUGUAACAUUUAUACCAUCAACUGAUGUAAUUUGACCAUCAUUUAUUAUUUUGUUAUUCUGGGUUUUUUUUUAUUUGUUUCAUUGAUAUUAAUUAAUAACUAACUUCAUUUUAAAAAAAAUGUUUUUACCUGUAGUAAAAAAAGAAACUUGAAAUAAAAGUGUAAUUUAUGAAUAAAAAUGACACAUGGUUUUGAAAAUAUUACAUAAUUCCACAAACAUUGUCAAUACUUCUAGACCACAUGAUUGUUGAACAGCUCUGUAUACCUUCAACCAGUAAUGGCCUAGGUGCGUGAAUGAAAUAGGUUGAACCAAUCCACCACCAUAUCUAGCAACAAACACAUUGGGUGUAACUGAAAGUGACUGUGGCAUGGUUUAACCUAUUUGAUAAAAGUUCCUGUAAGAAUAAUACAUGUAUGUGUCAUAGCUGAAAACAAUAUUUGUGAUCUAAAAUAUUUACUUUUUAUGUUAAAACGUAUUUUUAAAAUGUACUUCAGUCAAUAUUAUUGAUCUAAAAUAUAUGCUUUUUAUGUUAAAACAUAUUUAAAAAGUGUAAUUCAGCCAAUAUUAUUGAUCUAAAAUAUUUACUUUUUAUGUAUAUUUAAAAGUGUAAUUCAGUCAAUAUUAUUGAUAUAAAAUAUUUGCUUUUAUUUAAAACCUAUUUAAAAGUGUUAUUCAGCCAAUAUUAGUGAAGUAAAAUAUUUGCAUGUUAUAUUAAAACAUAUUUAAAAGUGUGUUCAGCCAUCUAAUGGACAUAUAGUUACUCCUUGAAAUUAGGUAAUGCUUAUUAUAUUUUAAUUAUUCCGUUUCCAUCCCUAGAUCAAUGAUAUAUUUUUCAUGUUUUACGCAAAAUUGGCUAUGAUACUUGAAAGCCUUAACUAGCUAAGUCAUUGCACAGUCAUUAGCAUUUUUUUCUUUUUCAAUCUAGUUUCAAGAUGAAAUUUGAGAAUAUAGUUUUUUAAAAAUAUUUAUAAAAUAUGAUUGAUUUGAAAAAACACAAAAAAACAAAACAAAUAAAAGAAAACAUUUGUCCCGUCCAAAUUAGUUUGUAAAAAUAGUGACAAUCCUGUAAAGAUGUUUUUUUAAUGAAACAAAAGAUAUGUAAAGUUAAUGUAUCAAAUGUUGUAGCAUAGUAGUUAUUGGAGUUUGGUCAGGUCAGGUCAGGUCAGAUCAGAGUGUUUGACGUGCACAUUCAGAGCAAGCUGUUGUAUCACACACCUGUUCUAGGGUGGGAUGGGUUGGAGGGGGCACCACCUGCACUGGCAGGUGCAAGGGAGCACCAGCAGUCCGACCAGGGCCGGUAACAGGCGGAGGGUGGUAUGGUGCUAUGGAAUAUGGAAUGUCCUCUAGGAUUAAGCCAAAUAGAAAUGGUGCACAUUUUUGUGAAGGAAGUUUGGUAUACAUGUAACUAUUAUGUACAAUGAUUCCUAUGGAGUUAUGCCCCUUGACACGUUACAUCUUUUGACAGUUGGAAUCAAAAUUCAAUGGAACUUUUUUUUUCAAAGUUGGAUUCAGCUAUCGGCAUAAGUAGUAAGCCUUAUGUUAUGUUAUGUCAUUAUGUAGUUCUUUUACGGCAAUAUAUCAUUUUAAAAUUAUGUUUAUGAUUUAUGUAAAUGAAAUUAAAGCAUGUUUAAUAAUAGUGUAUUUGAUAAAGUUGCAUGUUACUAUUGCUUCUACUGUUGUCUUAAUUGCUUUGCAUAAUUGUUUUUAUUUUAAACACAUCUACUGCAAUAUUCACUCAUGUUAAAAUUGUUUAAUGUUCUUGUUAUUUUUGCAAGUGUUUCCAUAAUAAAAUGCAAUAUGUUCUUAAUAGCAAUCUCUUUAUUUAGAUGAAGUUUGUCAUCUUUGUUUCAUAAUUUUUGUUAAUUAUUAACUAUAUUUUACAAAUGGCAACAUUCUAUUAAUCUUUUAUACCAUGAUAAUUUUUGUCUCAUGUGUUUUUAAUUGUUGUUGGCAUCUCAUUAACAUGAGAGAACUUCCAGCAGUUUUGGUAUUGUUAUUGUAUUUGUUGGUUAUUCUGGGAGGUGAUUGAAACAGAAUAUAUGAUGUAAGCCAAAGCCAGGCUGUUCUGUUUUAAGGAAAAUAUGUUAAUGCCAUGUAAUUUUCUUUUUACCCCCACAAAUGGCAAACAGGGUCUCCGAUUAUCAUAAAUAAUAUGUUGGAUUUGUUUUGUUUUGUUGGUUUUUGCAAUGGCUUUUUUCAUGGCAUGUUAUUGUACCUACUUGCUACAUAAUAAUUUGCAAUCAUUCACAAAAUAUAUCUGAAUUCCAUGUUGGAAAAACAAGGUUUUAUUUGCAGAUCUACUUAACAGAUGGCUUAACCUAAGGUUAAUUAAGGCAAUGGGCAGGUUUCCCCACACACAACUUGGUGACAAUCAUGAACACUAAUACACUUUGACAAGCAGGUCAUAAUAGCUUCAAAUAGUAAGCAACAUUUCUAUGGCAACCCUAUUAUAUUGGUUUAAACAAUAUUUAUUGCUGUUCAAAAACAGUAGUGAUCUGGCAAUUGGCCAACAGGCGUUGGCCUAUAUUAAGGCCUCUCCCCUAAUAUAUUGAUAUAGUAGACAUAUAUUGUUUUAAGCAAAUGUUAUUAACCCCAUAAUUUGAAUAUAGUAAAUUUCCCCAGUUGCAGUUAGUGUUAUCAACUUCUAUCUGUUGUUUCAUGAAUAGUUAACACUUUUUAAUAUUGCUGGCCAGUUCAUAUUUAACAUUCAUUAUGGGUUGUUUAUUGAUGAUAUAAUUACACUAAUGCAUUGAACAUUGGUGAUUUAACUAUCGUUUUUAUGUAUGGGUGAUCCUCUGAAAUUCAUUUUCGAAAAAAUAACACCAAAAAACAAUACAAACUCAAAUAAAACCCCACAUAGGCUAAUUACUUUUAAUAAUACUACUAAAUAAAUUUGACAUACUGAAUUAACUUGCUCCAGCCAAAACACAUUGAAGAUACAGCCACUGUUACUAUAAACUAGAAAUGGUAGUUUCAUGUCAUUUUAAUUGUUAAAAGGCUCGGUUAGUUGUUGUAUCAAAGGCCGUGCUAUGUACUAUCCUGUCUGUGGGAUGGUGCAUAUAAAAGAUCCCUGGCUACUGAUGGGAAAUAUGUAGUGUGUUUCCACUCAAAGACUAUAUGUCAAAAUUACCAAAUGUUUGAUGUUAAUUCAAUGUGCUCUAGUGGUGUAAUUAAACAAAACAAACUUUAAUGUUUUUAACUUAAGCGUAUGUAAUCUUGAGAGGAAACAUCAUACGAAUGAAACAAACUUGGAGGAGUAUUCUUUUAAUUUUGUAGUUGGAAAUGUUUGCUCAAUAUUCUAACUACUCAGUCAUUUGUUUAUUCAAGUUGUUCAAUAUCCUAGAACACUUAUGUGGAUUUUUCAUUUCAUAGAAUUUCCAAUGAAGUUCAAAUCAAUUGCUGAUUUAUUACAUGCAUUUUUUUAGAUUCCGUUUAAUAAUAUUGUUAAUCUAGUCAUACUCAAGCAGUGGUCUCUAGAAUAUUUUUAUUAUUCAAGCAUUAGAAUAGAUGAUCCAGCUCUGUUUGGUACAUACAUGUAUAAGGCCCUGUACUUUGCAUUGGGUUCACUGUACUCACUUAUCUAGGUAAAAUACAAAUGUUCUUCCCGGCUGUCUUACAAAAGUGGGCUACAACUGGGAUUUACUUGAUUUGUGUCGGCACUGAACUUCUCACGUGAUAUUAAACAAAUUUAACUGUCUUGAGGGGUUGUCUCAUAUCUCCAUGACAUAUCCAUAGACACAUGGGAUAACAUAUUGCUAGGGAUUGGUGGGAGAUUUACACCAAAAUAUUUUAAGGUGCCCUACAUUUGGCAUAAGCAUUACAGUUAUGUAACAUUUUAGGGAAAACCGAGUCUUAAGUUAUAUUACAAAACAUUAUGGGGAGGGAGGUGGGUUUUUUUAGGGAAAACAGAAUCUUAAGUUAUAUUAUAAAACAUUAUGGGGAGGGAGGUGUUUUUUAGCAAUUGGCAGCAGACACAAUGCUUUUGAAUGUAGACUUUUGAUGAUACCCAUUGAAUAGACUCAUGGGUUUAUUGUAAAUGGACUUGUGUUUGUAUUUUGCAUUAGUAAACAAUUCUAUAAUAUGGUAAAGUCAUUAUGACAUAUAUCAAAAAAUUAUUAUGUCACAAUAGUUAUAUGGCAUAUACCUGAUAUAUAAUAGUAUGAACUCUUGUUGUUAAUUUGAUGAACAAUUUGAAUAGAAAAAAAAAACAUGAAUGAGAGGUAACAUUUUAUUCCAGGCAUCUUAAUACUGCUUAUUGUGUUGGCCCCGGUCCAUGAAGCAAUGUUAGCACCAAGAUCACCUUAAGUGCAUAACCACUUGUUUUAUUUAGGACAUGAUAUAUACAUCCAUGGUUCUACCGGGCUCUGCAAAAUGAAUUGGGUUACUUGUAAUAUUUUUUGUGUAACCCAUAAACUGUUUACGCAAACGUUGAAUUCACUGUUAAAAAUAUUAUUCAUUGAGUGCAUAUUACAAUGACAGCAUAGUUGAAUUUUGUAUUAAUGAAGACAAUUAAAUUAAUUUGUUAUAAAAAUAUUUUCUGUGUAAAACACAAGAAAACAAAAUGCAAUUAACAAGUGCAAUGGUUGUUUGAGUGCUGGCAUUUAUUAAAGUCACGUGUACAAGUUUAAUUGUACUCAGUGUUGUUGAUUGCUU